AUGACCCUCCCGCCGUCGCGGUCAGUCGUCGCCAUCACGCGCCCCGCCCCGUCCGGGCGCUCACAACUUUCCUUCACCCAAUCCUCGAACAUCGUACACGAUCGCGUGCUCGUGCGGCCUUCGAUGCGCGGUCUAUCUCGAGCAGGAUCCCUCCGUACGGCCUCCCACAAGACUAUUCAUGCUCUUGCUGCGUCGCCUCCCUCCGAGGCUCGACCGCGGUUGAGAGCCGCGCGCUUGCGCAGGUGCAGCCUCUCUCCGCCCAAAGCCGCCCGCACACCAGCUGCUCUCGUCCCCCGAUACAGCGACUCUCGGGACGAGCUGGCUCAUCUCUGUCCGUUGCUUGCCCGACCACCAGCGGAGGGUUGCACGCGCUCUCUCAGGUCCCUCCGCGCUCGCGCAUUUGGCCCCGUUGCCUUGUCUUUCGUUGCUCGCCGUGCCUUGUGCUUGUAUCCCUCCAUGCCAGGUCAGCGCCGUGUGGUCACGAUCCCCUUGUUGUCGAGGUACUUUCCCUCGAGGCUGCGUUGUACGUCUUUGCCAGAUAUCUUCCAUUCCCUCAACCCACACGAUGUUAUCUGA